UGAAUUUAGCUCACUCCAGCCAGUUUCACUGACAGUUAACGCCGCAGUUUCUCCUCCGCGUUCCCUGCCUCGCGCAUCGUGAGCGCGCAUCCGCGUUUCCGCGCUCAAGAUGGCGGUCGUGAGCAGGACAGUUCGGUACACGGCCAUGCGCUCCGUGGUGUCGAUUCUCACUUUGCUGUACGCCUCUCACCUGGUAUGCGUGUCAGGUGUGGGGAAAAAUGAUGAAACACCCCCAGACUCACCACCAAAUUCCGGUAACCCAGGGAACCGUUCAGAGGAUAACCCAGUGACUCCAAAGAGCCCCCCUGGAGUAAAAGCCUUUGUGUCCUCCGUCCCAAGUGGCAUCAGUCAGAAGGUCGACAACUUAAGCAGCACAUUUGUAAAGGCUGCUACCACAGCGCCACCUACCAUCCCCCCGUCACCCUCUGCAGACCCAGCCGGACCCUUCAGCAGCCCAAUUUCCUCAGAUGAGCCUUUGAGCUCCUCCCCCACUCAGGGUGACAUGGGGGAGGGUGAAGAGAAGGGUGACACGGGUGACAUGACUGUCGUCGGUGACACGACUGACGGUGACAAUGAUGACGGUGACACGGGUGACACGACUGUCGUCGGUGACAGGACUGACGGUGACACGGGUGACACGACUGUCGUCGGUGACACGACUGACGGUGACAGUGAUGACGGUGACACGGGUGACACGACUGUCGUCGGUGACACGACUGGCGGUGACAAUGAUGACGGUGACACGGGUGACACGACUGUCGUCGGUGGCACGACUGACGUUGGUGACAAUGAUGACGGUGACAUGGGUGACGGUGACAUGGGUGACGGUGACACAACUAACUUCGUUGACAUGGGUGACGACGGUGACAUGACUGACAUGGGUGACAUUAAAGGAGAUAUGGAUGAUGAUGAUGGGCUUUACAAUCAAGAGAAGAAUGGGGUCCUCUCAACAUCCAUUUAUGAGGAUGCAGACUCCCACUUUUUCUUCCACCUGGUCAUCUUUGCUUUCCUGGUGGCCAUUGCGUACAUUACCUACCACAACAAGAGAAAGAUCCUCCUCCUGGUCCACAGUCGUCGAUGGAGGGACGGCUUCUGCUCCAAGGGUGUGGAGUAUCGGCGACUGGACCAGAACGUCAGCGAUGUCAUGCCCUCCCUCAGGGCAACCAAGGACUACAUCUUCUGAUUAGUGCCAGGGUGCUUAUAAACUUCUUUUUUUUUUUUAAAUAUGAUACCAUUACUGUUUAUUGAGGGGGGGGGGCUUUAUAUUUUGUAGCUGGUCAGGUGUGGUGAUAGUUUGGCUCUAUUGUCUUUCUUUAUCUUAAAGGUUGUCAGGGUUAAUGAUGUCAGUAUAUUGACAUUGAAGUGGAUUUGGGGAGUAUUCGAAUAUACAAUUAAGUGACCUAAUUUUUUUCCAGCCUUAUAAUUCUGUUUAAUUCAGGAUUAUUUCAGAGGGUAAAAAUACCUGCCUUGAUUACUCUAGAUUGUCAUUUCUAAUAAAUGAAGUGCAUUUAUAUUUUCAAUUAAAUACAGGUUUUGCACAUUUGUAUACAUAUCAGCAAUAAUAUAUGUUGAAAUGUUUGCCUCUCAGUCAGAGUUUGUUUUUUUUUUUUCCCUUUUUCCGCAGCAGUUAGGAGAUUAAUAUUUAAAAGGCCCAUAUAAGUUAUGAAGAAUGUGCUUGUCAGGCUGAACUGUUAACGUGCCAGUUAAAUGAUGCAGAUGUCAGUGGAUUUAAAUGCCAUAAUAUUUUUUUCUCCCAUAUUCUAAUCGCUGGUGGCCUAUAUAUGUAAUCUAUUUAAAUAACUAUGGCUUCAGUGAAGUCAUCCCUUCCGAUGUCAUUGUGACCGACUCCUGAAGCAUCGGAUACCAAGUAACUGUUAUGUGUAUCUUGGUGAAAAAAGGCAUGCUUAUCGUGGCACAGGCCUAAUUAAGCGAAUCCAUUGUGAAAAUAGAGAAACAAAUACAUCAAUAUCAGACCUAAUGGUUGUCGUUAAGCGUGACAUUGAAUGUUGACUUUUUUCGUUCCUCGCUCUCUUGUUGAAGCCUCAGUGUGUCUGUUUUCUCUGUUUUAUGCCCCAUUGAGUGUGGAUUAUAAUUGUAUUUAUAGAAUUUUUUUUUUUUACCCCCAAACUGAACACUUCCUGAUGUUCUGUAUAUGGAAAAGAUUGUAUAGACUUCAUGGUUUAGAGGUAAGUCUUCAUAUAUGGAUACAGUUUUAAGACAACAACUGUAGAAACUGCAGCCUCUACACUGUUGUGAUGAGACUCCUGGUGUUUUACAUACAAAAUUUUUUGAAAGUUCUUUGUUGUUCCCAACCGAUAAACCUUUUUUUUUUUUUUUUUUUUAGUAUGUGCGGCUUAAGUGGGCAGAAAUUUAAUAUGUAAUUAUUACAAAGCUGUAUAAUUGCAUUUUUUUAAGAUUAAAAGGAAUCUGGUAUAAA